AUGGAUGGCUCAAGGUGUUUUCUCCCAGUUUGUCAUGGGGGUGGUGAGGAGAAGAGAUUCACCGAGAGAGGCAUCCACAAACUAAUCUCGUGUGCUCAUUCCCGUGGAGAUGUGGAUACAAAGGCUAAGCUGCAGGACAUCAUCGAUGUUGAUGGUAAUGCCGCGAGCAUAGUUUGCCACAAAGGUUGCUACUGUAUUUAUACAUUGAAAGAAAAAAUUAACCGAGUUAAAAACUCGCUAAAACGAAAGGCUGAAGGAGAAUGUGUUAAGGUGGCUACAAGGUCAUUUCAAGCUCAAGCAGAUGAUAAUGGUGCAUUUUGCUACAAACGCGAUUGCAUAUUCUGUGGUGAUGAAUGUUUACCAAAAGAUGAUAAACACCCAGAUAGAUGGGACCGUUUUCGUGAAUGCAUGACGCAUGAACGUUAUGAUAAAGAACAUAAUCCACUUCAAUCUAUGAAAGAUGUUAUUCUUGAGGUAGCUGAGCAACGUAAUGACGAUAUAGCUAGAAGGGUCAAGUUACACAUUGGUUUUGUUUCUGACUUACCUUCUGCCGAGUGCAAAUAUCAUGUUCGCUGCUACAACAGUUUUAUGAAAAUUCCCAAAUAUGCCGACUUACCAACUGGAAACGUAGAUGAUAACGCCCUUAAGCAGGUCAUUGAGUUCUUGAACGGAAACAGGUAUAAAAUCUGGAAUAGCGUUGAACUGCAUUGCCUAUACUCUGAUCUAGGAGGCAAACUAUCACGACGCGAGAUGUUUAAAAAGUUGACUGACUGCAUUGAUAAAGAUGUACUUGUUAUUCGGGCAGAUGGGUGUGCUACCCUUGUUGGUUACCGUGAGUCUAUUGCUAAAACUCUCAAGGUAGUCCAGGUGGUUGAAACGGAUGAGAAAAGCAGUGAUUCUCUAUUGAGGAAAAUCAAGCGUGAGGCACGAUCAGUCAAGUAUAACAGCGCUAAUUACGACUUAUCUGAGUUUACACGAGCUAACACAAUCAAGGCAACCAGUCCCACUUUGUUGACAUUGAUUUCGGAUUUAGUUUCUGGUGGUGAAGUUACCAAGAAAUCGCUCAGUCUGAGCCAGUCAAUUCAAAGUCACAUUACAGGUACAAGAAAUCAAACAACACUAGGAUUGGGCGUAAAACUUCAGCAUCGGUAUGGCAGUUCCGAACUCAUUAAGCUACUUCAUGAGCAUGGAUUCAUAUCCACUUACAAUGAGGUGCUAAGAUUUCGGAAAUCAGCUGUUCGUUUUCUCGGAAACAACGCACCGAUUCUCCAUCAGUUCAUGUGGCUAAGUAGAUCUGUUGGCAUUAUCUUUGCAUGGUUUGACAGACAAGUCUUGUUACUGCACAAGAGAAGGAUAUUAAGUGGCUUAACACACUUAACACACAGAGUGAAGAGAUGGAGUGGAGCGGGUUCAACAAUCUCGAGUCACGCAAUCAUGAAAGUGAGAAGAAACCUGCCAGUACUUACAUGUUUGGACCUCUCAUUGACACUAAAGCUUCUCAUCCUGACACAGUGCUGACGUCCCUGGAGUACCUCAAGAAGUCAUUGACUGACAUGGGCAUGACAUAUGCCCACAUUUCUGUUGAUUUACAGCUCUACAUCGUGUCCUGCCAAAUCAAAUGGAACGAUGUUGAUCGCUUCAAAAACGUCAUUCUAAGGCCUGGAAUCAUGCAUACUGUUCAGUCCUUCUGUGGUUGCAUUGGAAAGCUCAUGCUUGGAUCGGGAAUUGAGACUCUCAUUAGCUCAGCAUUCGGAGGGCUAACAGGAAUUAUUAAUGGAAAGUCUUGGGUUAGGUCUAUGAGAGCAUACCGGAUGGUUUCAACUUCCAUUCUUCAGAGCUACUUACUCAACAAUGGUCCCACGACAUUUCAAAAUUUGAGUAACUACCUUGAUGUCUGUCGGCAGCACCCAACUGGCAAGUUAUGGAUUGAUAACCUACUCAUUCCAACUAUGCUCAUCCAUCAACUACUUCGUAGUGAAAGAGAGGGAGAUUUUCAUCUGCAGCAGCUAACACUUGAACGUAUGCUCCCUUACUUCUUUGUCGCUGGCUACCACAACUACGCCCGUUACCUCACCCACCGGCCACCUCCUUGA